AUCUUGAAGAAGAAGAUGACCCAAGGACUUCUCCAAUGGAGUCCUUGCCACCACUCCCUCUCCCUCCUCCCCAUCUCCAUCCCCACAUCCAAACACACCCACCUCCCUCUCUCCAUCUCCGCAUCUCUAGAAUCCUCCACCCAACAACAACCACAGCUGUCCGCCAGAGAGAGAAGGCAGCUCAGAAACGAGAGGCGAGAGAGAAAAGCAGGCACCAGCUGGAAAGAAAAGGUCGAGGAGAAGCUUCUGGAAAAGCCCACCCAGAAAUUCGCGCACUGGAAAGAAGAGCUCAACAUUAACAACCUCGCUCGCGAGGGCCCACAGUGGUGGAUCGUCCGAGUUUCUAGGAUUAAGGGACAGGAGACAGCUCAGUUAAUUGCUCGGUUGCUCGCUAGGAACUACCCUCAUAUGGAUUUCAAGGUAUAUGCGCCGUCGAUACCGGAGAGGAGGAAAUUGAAGAAUGGUACAUACUCGGUUAAAGCAAAGCCACUGUUUCCGGGAUGUGUCUUUUUGAGGUGUGUGUUGGACAAGGAGAUACAUGAUUUCGUGACGGAGUUGGAUGGAGUUGGAGGCUUUAUUGGUGCCAAGGUUGGAAAUACGAAGAGACAGAUUAACAGACCCAGGCCAGUGUCUGAAUUUGACAUGGAAGCUAUCUUCGCAAAGGCAAAGGAAGAACAAGAAAAAUCUGACCUAGCUUUUCAACAAGAGCAGCAACUCAGCUCUGAGCUGAAAUCUAGUGAUGCUGCAAAAUCUGCUGGAGAUGCUAAACCCAAAAGGAGAUCCGGAAAAGCUUCUGAUCCUCUGAUAAAUGGUUCAUCUACGGCAAAGGAUAAAAAACUCGUUCUAGGUUCUAAAGUUCGAGUUCUAUCUGGGACUUUUGCUGAAUAUGAAGGCAGCCUGAAGAAGCUGAAUCGCAGAACCAAAAAGGCGACCGUGGCAUUUAUGCUCUUUGGGAAAGAAAGCUUAGUAGAUUUAGAUGUCAGUGAAAUUGUUUCAGAGACCUUGUAAAUAUCAGUAUUAUUAAUAAAUAAUAAAGAGGUAAGCUUUUCAAUCA